AAAAAAAAAAACCCAUCAAGGGGGGCAGAGGGAACUAACGGCACGGUCUUCUUGAAAGCAUCAAAAUUUGCGCAAAACACACUUGGCUGUCGGUCGGAGUAGAGAGCAGCGCCGCGUUCAGCUAAACGGUCGAUGCGAUGCGAGGCUGAACAUCACAAACACACACACACACGCACACACAUAUACACACGCACAGAGGGGAACGGAGGAAUCCUCGAGCUCCUCGACUCUCUCUCUUUUGGAGUAUAUGUGGAGGUCAAAGCGCGCACUUCUAUGAGAAUCCCUCCCGCUCUGCGGCAACACCAAGUUCGGCUGUUUUCCUGAGCGGAGUCAACAUGGUCGCGCUGGACGGCGCUGUGCGGCGCUGGGGCUCGCUGUGCCUCCUCGCGCUCUGCUUCGGCUUCGCGUGUCCGCGAGCUCGCGUCUACACCAACCACUGGGCGGUUCGCAUCGCCGGUGGGAGCGAGGCGGCGGAUCAGAUAGCGAGCCGAUACGGUUACAGCAACCUGGGCCAGAUCGGCGACCUGAAGGACUAUUACCAUUUCUUCCACAGCCGGACGAUAAAAAGGUCGACGCUCUCCAGCCGUGGCACACACAGCUUUAUCUCCAUGGAACCAAAGGUGGAAUGGAUUGAGCAGCAGGUGGUUAAAAGGAGGGUAAAACGAGAUUAUAAACCCUUGUACCAGGCGUUAGUGAAGACCAGCGCACCCCAGGCUGACUCCAUCUACUUCAACGAUGCAAAAUGGAGUAGCAUGUGGUACAUACACUGUAACGACAACAAUCAGAACUGUCAGUCGGACAUGAACAUCGUCGGCGCCUGGAAAAGGGGAUAUACAGGAAAAGACGUAGUCGUCACGAUUUUAGACGAUGGCAUCGAGCGAAACCACCCGGAUCUCGUACAGAACUAUGAUAACCAGGCCAGUUAUGAUGUAAAUGGAAAUGACUUGGACCCCAUGCCCAGAUACGAUGCCAGCAAUGAGAACAAGCACGGGACGCGGUGCGCUGGAGAAGUGGCAGCCUCUGCCAACAACUCUCACUGCACUGUGGGCAUUGCCUACAACGCCAAGAUUGGGGGUGUGCGCAUGUUGGAUGGAGACGUGACGGACAUGGUGGAGGCGAGGUCGCUAAGUUUGCAGCCGCAGCACAUUGAUAUAUACAGUGCCAGCUGGGGGCCGGAUGAUGAUGGCAAAACCGUAGAUGGACCUGCGGCACUUGCCAGACAGGCUUUUGAGAACGGCAUUCGACAGGGCAGAAAGGGCCGCGGAUCCAUUUUCGUGUGGGCAUCAGGUAAUGGUGGGCGGAGUCGAGACCACUGCUCGUGUGAUGGCUACACCAACAGCAUCUACACCAUCUCCAUUAGCAGCACAGCAGAAAGUGGACGCAAGCCCUGGUACUUGGAAGAAUGUGCCUCGACUCUCACCACCACAUACAGCAGCGGUGAAAACUACGACCGCAAGAUUAUCACUACAGAUCUAAGGCAGCGCUGCACAGACAGUCACACUGGAACAUCAGCAUCAGCCCCAAUGGCUGCUGGGAUCAUUGCCCUUGCCCUGGAGGCAAACCCUCUCUUGACGUGGAGGGAUGUACAGCACAUCAUUGUGAAAACAUCACGAGCUGGCCAUCUCAGUGCUCCUGACUGGAAAACCAAUGCAGCAGGCUACAAUGUAAGUCACCUAUAUGGUUUUGGGCUCAUGGAUGCGGAGGCCAUGGUCAAAGAAGCUGAGAGAUGGAAACAAGUUCCCCAACAGCAUAUAUGUGUGGAAAACGCAGAUAGGCAAAUAAGGACAAUUCGCCCAGAGCAUGUUGUUCGCUCUGUUUACAAGGCAACGGGCUGCACAGAUAAUGCGAAUCACCACGUCAUUUAUUUGGAACACGUGGUUGUACGCAUCACCAUAACCCACCCACGACGAGGAGACUUGUCGAUUAAUUUGACUUCACCAUCAGGGACAAAGUCGCAGCUCCUUGCCAACAGACUGUUUGACCACUCCAUGGAGGGCUUUAAGAACUGGGAGUUCAUGACCACUCACUGCUGGGGAGAGAAAGCCGCUGGAGAUUGGAUUCUCGAGGUCUAUGACUCGCCCUCACAAGUCCGGAGUCAGAAAGCUCCAGGCAAACUGAAGGAGUGGUCGUUGGUGCUUUAUGGUACCUCAGUGCACCCUUAUUCCUCCCGUAGUGACAAGCCUCGCUCUGUGGAGGAUACUCCAGUUGAGGACGAGUAUGGCGAGGAGUAUGCGGGCACCUGUGACCCGGAGUGCAACGAAAACGGCUGCGAGGGCCCCGGGCCCCAUCAGUGCAUCAACUGUCUGCACUACUUCCUCAAGUUUAAAAACAACACCAGGAUGUGUGUGCCUGAGUGUCCCCCUGGCUUUUUCCGGGACGAUAAGAGGCGCUGUAAGAAAUGUUCCCCUCUAUGCGAAUCCUGCAUUGGUAGCCGCAGUGAUCAAUGUACCUCCUGCCGUCAAGGGUUUUACCUCAAAGAGGGAGCCAAUGCAUGCCUCUAUACUUGCCCCGAGGGCUUCUAUCAGGAUCCUGAUGCUGGUAUGUUCCGUAAAUGCAGCGAGAACUGCAAGAAAUGUACUUCAGCAAAUGUUUGCACAGAAUGUAAGCCAGGGCUCAGUCUACAAGGCACUAGGUGUCAGCUGACCUGUGAGGCUGGCACAUACUACAACGGGCACAAACGGAUAUGCGAGCAUUGCCAUCCUGCUUGUGCUACAUGUGCAGGUACUGGCAUUGAGGCAUGCACUAAAUGUGCAGAGGGAUACUAUCUCGAAGAGUGGCGUUGUGUUUCCAGUUGUAACCCAGGAUACUACAUGGCAGAGAAAACUGCAGACAAUGGAGAGGUCCAGAAGUCUUGCCGCAAGUGUGAUCGUACAUGUUACACAUGCACAGGUCCAGGAGAUAGAAACUGCAGUGCCUGCGUGAACGGAUAUAACCUCGAAAAUGGUGUGUGUGUCGUCAGCACUAUCUGCAAAGAUGGUCAUUAUGUGGAUGAUUCUGGGAAAUGUUCUCCAUGUGACAGUACUUGCUAUAAGUGUAACGGACCAACAAGCAAGCACUGCCUGAGCUGCAUAUUGACUAGGUUCUUUGAUGAUGGACAAUGUGUUAUAAAGUGUGAGUCUGGAAAGUACAAAAAGGAUGAGCAAUGUCAUCGCUGCCAUCAUACAUGUCAUGAGUGUACUGAUGAGGGUCCUGACAAAUGCACCAGCUGCAGCAGAGAUAACUUUGAGGUGGAACGCUACCUGCUCGGUGGUGAGUGUGUGGAAAGCUGUCCACAGUCACACUACUACUCGGAGAAAAGCACGUGUGAGCCCUGCGCUCCAAACUGCAGCAGCUGCACGAGCGCGACGCACUGUAUUCAAUGCAUGUCUUCAUUCUACUUCAAGGACGGUGUGUGCAUCAAGCUGGACUGCGAAGGCGGUGAGGUGGAUGAUAUAACUCACAAAGAUUGUGCUACUUGUGAAGAAGGCUGUCAAAAGUGCCUCAGUGCAAACCCAAAAAACUGUUUGUCCUGUCUAAAAGGAUAUUACAAAUUGAGGACAAGUUGCCAUAAGAUAUGCCCUGAGAAAACAUAUGGCGAUGACACCUAUAUGGUGUGCAGUCCAUGUGAAGAUAAUUGUGUCAACUGUGAUGAGGCCCAGUGUUACCUCUGUGAAGAUGGCUUCUUACUCUCAGAUGGCAUGUGUGUGGAGAAAUGUAAAGAGGGUUUUUUUAAAGACUCGAUGAAUGAGUGCGAGCCAUGCCACCACGAAUGCCGCUCAUGUGGCGGGCCAUUCUAUGACGACUGCGACUCUUGUGAAGAUGAAAUGCGUUUGGUUGGGGGCCAGUGUGUCAGCCCAAGGAAAGCAGUCCAUUGUGACCCGUUACACUUUUUUAACGGAGAGGGAGAAUGUGAGCAGUGUCAUUCUACCUGUAAGCUGUGUUGGGGCCGGAAGGCGGACGAAUGUAAUACCUGCAUUGAUGGUAUGUUUCUAGAAGCAAGCACCCGAAAAUGUGCAUCAUCCUGCCCUGUGGGUGCUUUUGGGAACAAGACAAGUGGGCACUGCGAGGACUGCUCACCACAAUGUGUCCUGUGCCAUGAUGCCCAACACUGCCUCAAGUGCAAACAACACUUCUACCUACAGAAUGGCCUAUGUGUUGCCAAGUGUAAAAAGGGUUACACUGAAGGUGGCAAUUGUCAUAGCUGUGCUGAACGAUGUGACUCAUGUGAAAAAGAAGCUGAUUACUGUCUAAGCUGUGAGCCACAGUACCUGCUGCAUAGACACACCUGUGUGGAUCAUUGCCCUGAGGGCUACUACAUCAAAGACAAUGUGUGUGAGCAGUGUCCUGACGGCUGCACCCAGUGUGACAUAAAAGGCAAAUGCAGUGACUGCGAAAAGUACUAUUUUCUGUAUGAUGGCAUGUGUUUGGAUGACUGUCCUAAAGCCUACUUUCCAAAGCUUGAAGAAAAGAAAUGUGAACGUUGUCAUAAAAAUUGCGAAACCUGUGAUGGGCCUAAUGAAGACGACUGCAUAUCGUGCCAGUAUGCUUCAUAUGUCCGCUACAAUGGAGCAUGUCUGUCCACCUGUCCGACAGGCACAUACCAGGAUAAGAAUGAAUGUCGGGACUGUGACAGGUCCUGCCUGACCUGCUCUGGCCCUCACCCAUCCUCAUGCCUCAGCUGCAGGCCCAACACGAGGAAAAAUGUUAACGGCCAUUGUGAGUUCUAUAGUAACUGCUCCGCAAACACAUUCGAGGAUAAAGAUGGGCAGUGCACACCGUGCCACGCAAGCUGUCUCCGCUGCUCGGGCGCGAGUGAACAUCUGUGCCUCAGCUGCCGCUCUGACUAUUACCUGCACAGACACAUGUGUGUUACCACGUGCCCGGAUGGUUACUACGGUGAUACGAACGAGCAUGAGUGUAUUAAGUGUCAUGUGACGUGUGCAGUGUGCCGUGGGCAUCAUAGUAACGACUGCCUCAGAUGCAAAGUAGGUCUCUUCAGGUUGGGAAAUACCUGUCUGCCAAAGUGCCCUUCCAGGUUUUAUGGCGAUGAUACCAGUGGUACAUGUGAACCAUGUGACCCGUCGUGUGAGGAGUGUUCAGGCAGUGGUAAGAAACACUGCCUAGGCUGUAGCGAGGGUUACUUCCUGUUAAAGCAUGAAGGGAUUUGUGUGCACGUGUGUCCAUCCGACCACUUCACUGACACUUCGAAUAAAGUGUGCCAACGAUGUGACCCAACCUGCAAAACCUGUAAAAAAUCGGGCGUUUUUCAUUGCAAGUCCUGCUAUGAGGGCUUCCGAAUGUUCGCAGGAAUGUGCUCAUCAUUGUGUCUGGCUGGAGAGUACGCUAUAUCCACGAGCCCAGAGCUUAAGUGCAUACCAUGUGACCCAUCAUGUCUAGAGUGUAAAGGGGCGGGGCCGUUUAACUGCACCUCCUGCCAUGCUGUACAUCGUCUCUCAGAGGAUGGAAGGUGUUUAGCUUGCUGUGGAAAAGAAAGUCGUGUGGACUCGUCUCCUCUGUCCUGGGAGUGCUGCCAGUGCAAUGACGCUUCCUUCGACGAAUGCGUGCUCGGAUUAAACUUUAACUUCCGCAGCAAAGAAGAAGUGCCUGCAGGCAACUCUGGCCUCGUUACUGUAACUACAAUAUUACUGCUGAUAAGCGUUGGGGUGGUGGCUUUCCUCUUCAUGCACUAUCGGCCCAAACUUCCAUCUUUGCGUUCGGUGAAAUCGAAUGGCUACGCCAAACUGGACAAAGAGCCUGCUUUUACCACGGCCACCCUCCGCGACAGCAUUCAGAGUGAAUACACUGAUAAUGAUGAAGAUGACGAGGAGGAGGAGGAGAUUGUGUACAUGGGUCAGGAUGGUGUGGUGUAUCAUAAAUUUAAGUACGGCCUUUUAGAUCAGGAAGAAGAGGAAAUGGAGAUGGAGUAUGAUUACUCGAUCUAUGCUAUAAAAUGAAGUGUAUGAAAGACUUUCUGAUUUUGGUGGCUGAUGGAGAUUAUUUAUUGCUAUUAUUAUACGGAGAAUGAAACCCUAAGGAGUAAAAAAAAACAAAACAAAAAAAAAACAAAGUUGAAAUUUCUGAGAACAAUCAUUUGUAAGCCUGUUGUUGAUGAUUCAAAGAGUAUGGUUGUAAUCCGUUGUUGUUUUAAAGAACGCCAUGGCUGUCUUUUCUUUAUCAUGUCCACUUUGUUAAAGUCUGUUCACAAUUGUACAAGCUAUUUCUGAUGAAUGUAGACUUCGAGAAUGUAUUUGAC